AUGGUGAACAAGCUCGGUCAGUGGCUCCCACAUACAUUGAGCGACGGCAACCGCCAAAGACGCCUGGACAUUUGCACUCAGCUGCUCUCCAGAAGCCGCAGAUUUGACUGGCUGGACAUCAUUGUCACUGGAGAUGAAAAAUGGGUCCUCCACGUCAACCACACCCACAAACGUACGUGGUGCGCUGGCGAUGAUCCUUUCAUGGGUGAAAUCCAUGAGAAGAAGGUCAUGCUGAGCGUCUGGUGGGGAGUCCGAACUGCUGCCAGACAAUACGACAGUUACUGCCGAGAUCUACUGCGCUCAACUGCAAAGACUGGCCGACAGGAUCCGCAAGGAGCACCCGAAGCUUGA